CGAGCUGAGUGGCAAUGGCGAUGGCUGUUCUCCUUCACUCAAAAAUUUCGUUACAUCCAUCAUAACUAGCAGUACAAAAUAGUUGGGCAGCAUGAACAAACUAUAGGUGUGGAGUUAGGUAGGCUUUCUCAAGAACCGACGAGGGGCUUAUGAUAGGGAUGUCCAGGAGGAUAUUAAGCAAAAGUCUACAAUCAUUUCCGUCGCUGAUUAAAGCCCCGAUCACUCGAAUUUCACCAGCAACUUUGAAUCAGGGAUUUCGGACUUCACUUAGGAGCUUUAGCGACAGCCAAAAAUCCGCGACAAUGGAACUGCCAGAGGGAAUCCUGAUGGGCUUUGGCAAUCCUCUGCUGGACAUCACCUGCACCGUCGAGGACAACGUGAUGCUGGAGAAGUACGGCCUGGAUGCCAAUGCAGCGAUCGUAGCCGAGGAGAAGCACGACGUCCUGUUCGACGAGCUAAUGAACAUGGAGAACGUCAUCUAUUCGGCGGGCGGAGCCUGUCAGAACUCGAUGCGGAUCUUCCAGUGGAUCGUGCAGACUCCGUUUCGCGCCGUCUUCAGCGGGGCCGUGGGCAAGGACAAGCUGGGCGACCGCAUCGAAAAGAGAGCCAGGGCCGAUGGCCUGCUGACACUUUACCAGCUGAAGGAGGAACUGCCUACAGGCUCUUGUGCGGUGAUCAUCAAUGGGCCGAACCGCUCCUUGGUGGCCAACUUGGGGGCGGCCUCGCUCUUCACCGAGGAUUGGGUUGACGACGAGGAGAACACCUGCGCCCUGGAACGCGCCAAGUUCUUCUACUUCACGGGCUUUUUCCUGGCCGUCUGCGCCAAUGUCGUGGAGCAAGUGGCGGUAAUGUGCUCCGAGUCCAACCGAAUUGCUAUCCUCAACUUUAGUGCCGUGUUCGUGCUGCAGAUGCACAAGGACACUGUGGCCGAACUCAUCCAGUACGUGGACAUCAUAAUCUGCAACAAGGAGGAGGCCAUCGCCUUCGCCGACUCCAACGACUGGAAGACGAAGAACAUCUUUGAGAUUGGCUCUCGGCUGCAGAAAAUGCCCAAGGCGAACGUCCGUCCGCGCCUUGUCAUGAUCACGGAUGCCGUGUGCCCGGUGCUCGUCUUCCAGGACAACGACCGCGUUCUGGAGUACCCCGUUCCCAAGGUGACCAGGGGCCCGGUUUUCGACACCAACGGUUGCGGCGACGCCUUCGUCGGCGGGUUCCUUGCCAUGUUCGUCCAGAGGAUGCCCCUGGACUACUGCAUCCGCACGGGGAUAUUCGCCUCCCAGCAGAUCCUCAACGUGGUCGGCGUGCAGAUCGAAAAACUGCCAAAGUUUAGCGAAAAAUGCAUAUAAUUGGGAUCGGGGUUUCUGGCAGCCUAACCUUAAUAAAAAUCUUACAGUAUAGUUGGCA